AAUCUAAAAAUUAAAACCCUAAAUUAAUACCCCGCCUCUGAUGAUGUGUUGUGUUCCCUCUCUGCCCCCGUGAUCUCUUAUAUAUACCGCUCCCCUUUUUCUUCUUCCUUCCACUCGCACUCGCAUUCGCACCAAUCACUUGGUGUUUACAUUCACAAAUCACAAUCCCACACUUCCUUCCUCAUUGUCCUCUUCUCUCCUCACAUUUCAACGCGCCGCCACUCUGCGAUCCGCGAUGAAUUCUCGUGAACAGCCUCAGCCACAACAGCCACCGCAACCACAACCGCCAAACAUGACGGUGGGACCCACCAUGUACCCUUCGAUGUUGUCCCCCGUCACCGCCAGAUUCCCAUUCAGCAGCAGCAGCAACAACAAUCCUCCUCCUUCGGAGCCUCUCAACAACGACACCAACGACAAUGAUAACAGCGCGUUCGAGGCGUUGAAGCCUUGCGCGCUGGCCGCCUCGGAAUCGUCGAAGAAGAAGCGGGGCCGCCCAAGAAAAUACUCGCCCGAUGGCAACAUUGCGUUGGGCCUCGGCCCAACCCAUGCUCCCGCUUCCUCCGCCGAUCCUCCCGCCAAAAAACAUCGCGGUCGCCCCCCUGGUUCCGGCAAGAAGCAGAUGGACGCUCUUGGAAUUCCUGGAACUGGUUUUACUCCCCAUGUUAUCACCGCCGAAGUUGGCGAGGAUAUUGCUGCAAAGCUUGUGGCCUUUUGUGAGCAAGGACCUCGGACAGUUUGCACUCUUUCUGCUAAUGGUGCAACCCGCAAUGUCACCAUUCGAGCACCAGACAUGCCCGCGGGUACUGUGGCCUAUGAGGGUCCAUUUGAAAUUAUAUCACUUAAAGCUGCUACGCUACAAUCUGACAAUAACAGAAUGGCUGCAUUGAGUGUGAGUUUAGCAGGUCCUGAUGGACGAGUAUUGGGUGGUGAAGUUGUUGGAGCCCUUACUGCAGCAACGGCAGUGCAGAUCGUUCUGGGUAGCUUUAUUGCUGAUGGAAAAAAGUCUAGCUCAAGUUACCUGAAAUCUGGACGUUCUUUGACACCAUCAUCCCAGAUGUUAGCCUUUGGUGCUUCUCGGACUCCAACUACUCCUACCUCUCAAGGGCCUUCAACUGAGUCAUCUGAAGAUAAUGAGAAUAGUCAUUUUAGUCAGGGGCCAGGAGGCCCUGGACUAUACGAUAAUAAUGCUAGCCAGCCGAUUCAUACCAUGCCGAUGUACCAACAUCAAUUAUGGGCUGGCCAUACUCAGCAGUGAUGAUGCGUUUUUAAGUCCAACUCUGCAGAAGCAGGGUAUUGGCAUGAUGAUUCUUCAAAGCAGUAGCUAGAGGUCAAAUUCCAAAAUAUAACAUGCAUCAUUGGUUUUGGUUGGGACUGAUUUUAGGAGAAUCUAUCUUAAGGUCUAAAUUUAUUUACAUACCUUUAUUUUCCCGUGGAUUAGGAUUUUCAAACUAUAAUUGAAACAGUGAUAGCGGUUAUAGCGUUUGGUUGCGUUCAUUAGAUAUGAGUCCCUUAACCGAGCAGCAGCAUAUUCCUUGACGUGGGAUAUAAAAUAUUUGUUACAAGCCGUUUGUCGUAAGUUAUGAAGGAAGAUUCUCAGUAAUGUGCACUUGAGAAUAUUACAUUCCCAUGCUUGUUACAAUUUUUGAGAAGGAAGAGUGAAUGAGAGCAUUAGACUGAGAAUGCUACAUUCCUAAAAAAAA